AAUAGGCGGUUGCUUUUGUGGCAGACAGCAAUCAUGAACUUAUCGAACUCCUGAUGAUGAGUAGGGGCCGACUCAAGACGAGAUUUUGAGGCCUCGGAGCGAUUGCAUUUAUAAGGUGCUAGCCAGCCAGCCAGCCAGCCGGCAAGCGCAGCUCUCGAUCAGGCGUUGCCACACACGCGCAGAUGGAUCGAGGUUCAGAAUCUCCGUUGCUAGACGGAGGUCGCUCGACGAGAACGAAGGCCGUGUCGUGGCUGCGCUUGUCGGCAGCGCUUCUCGUGCUGACAUCGAUUGUAGUCCCGGCCGCGUUGUGGGCGAACAGAUCCCAUGGGGCUCUGCCUGGAGAUGGAGAUGGAGCUGGACCGUGUCAUUGUAAGGCUUCAGACAUGGGAGAUCCACCACCAGGCUGCAUCACCCGAAGCGAAAACUCAACCUACGACGGCAAUCCGCUCGUGGAGCGAUUCCGGAGGUACCUGCGGAUCAGAACGGACCACCCGGAGCCGAAUUACUGCUGCGCCGUGGCUUAUCUGCGAGGGAUCGCGGAGGACAUCGGAGGACUGGAAACGAUGGAAGUGAGCUACGGCAAGUCCACGUACAAGCCGUUUCUGAUCGUCACGUGGAGAGGAACGGACCCCGGGCUGCCAUCGAUUCUGCUCAAUUCGCACACCGACGUCGUGCAGGCCGACCCGUCGAAUUGGAGGCACGAUCCCUUCUGUGCAUUCAUGGAGGAAAACGGAGACAUUUUCGCCAGGGGCGCGCAGGAUUGCAAGGACUCGGGCAUGCAUUACCUGGAGGCCAUUCGGGAGCUGAAGAGGAAAUCUUUCGUUCCGGUGCGCACCAUUCACGUCGUCUACACGCCCGACGAAGAAAUUGCGGGCGAAGAGGGCUUUGAAUCCUUCGUUGCGUCCGAGCAGUUCCGGGGCAUGAACGUCGGUGUAGCCAUAGACGAAGGAGGAGCCACUCCCGGAGAUUCUUUCAGAGUUUUUCGCGGAGAAAAGGCUGCUUGGUGGUUGACGAUCACGGCGUUCGGGAAAUCCUGUCAUGGAUCGGUGAUGCUGCAGAACGGAGCAAUAGAAAAUCUGAUAAAAAGUAUGAAUUCGAUCAUGGCAUACAGACAAACGCUGUUGGACCUGGUGGCUGCAGGAGUAGACGACUCAUCUGUUGCCUCCAUCAGUCCCACUUACUUGAGCGCUGGAGUCACUACAGCCACGGGGUAUGUCAGUAACAUCCAACCUGAGCAAGCGAGCGCGGGGUUCGAUAUUCGGAUUUCGCCGUUGGCUCCCGAGGAAGGCUCCGACAUACUCAAUCUCAUUAAGACCGAGUGGGCACCCAAAGAGCGAAAUAUGUCCUACGAGUUUUUGCAGUUCGGUGAAACGGAGGUGGUUACGGUGGUGGAUGACUCGAAUCCUUGGUGGAGCCUACUGAAGAACGCUAUACUCGAGUCGGGCCACAUGCUCCAGGAACCGCUGCUCGCGUCAGCCACUUCUGAUAGUCGUAACCUCCGACUGCGGAACAUUUCUGCCUUCAAUUUCGCAGCUGUGAGCAACACAAUCGACAGGGUCCACGGCGUCGAUGAGUAUUUGAAUGCAGGAAUCUAUCUGGCCGGUGUACCUGUUUUUGAGAAUAUAAUCAAAGCGUUCAGUAGUUUUUCAUAGCGGUAAAUCGGCACAUACUUUCAAGUUUUUAGUCGUGGACAAGGAGGGAGGAUCAACCCAUUCACUAGUUCGUCUUCCACUUUCCAGUCGCUUUACCUGCAAAGAAAAGUUCUAUCACAUUUCACCAGGAGCGGUUCACAUUUUGGAUCUAUCUGUCCAAUCCUGCAUGUCAUCCAACACCAUUCGAUUUCGAGGAAGGAAUCCUCUGGCCUUGUGUACAUCAGAUCUAGACCAGAAGAACAUUGCACAUCGGACUGCAGCGUAUGUCUAUGCAUAAACUGUACCAUUGUAGUUGAGGCAGCAAGUUGCCCCUCUACUGUUAGUGUUGGAGCUCUUUUCGGCCAUCUGUAGUUCAAAAAGCUUCAGAGUAACAAAUGUGAAAUCCUCUAGUUUAAUCCAAACUAAAACUACUUUCCCCAUUGCGCGGUGUGACAUGACGA